AAAGUGUACAUGCAUGUAAUAAGAGUACGUCAGUAUGUAUUUGUAGAAGAAAAUAUUAAAAAAUCCCAAUUAGAUUCAAAAAUAUGUCGUCGUCUUCAGACAGCGAAGAAGACAAAUGGAUUCCACCUUAUGUAUUCUCUGAACAAGCCCCAUGUGGUAACACCAUAAUACCUAAUGAUUUGAAAAUAAAUGGAGAUAAAUCGAUCCAAAGAUCAUUCACAUGUAGCAGCGAGGUUCCACAAACAUUUUUAUUUGACGAUGAUAUAGAAAGAAUAGCUGUGAAGAAGAAAACCGAUUUAAGAACAAUUCCUAAUGUAAAAGGUGAACAAAGUUAUGUUAAUUUAUUCUUUGAUGAUAAAUAUUCAGUGAAACAUAAAGAAGACAAUAUUAGCAAUCAGAUUAAAAAUGUUGCAAAAAUUGAUAUUCAAGUAGAUAAUUUUCAGACAAAAGAAGAAGUUGCUUACAAAACAAGAGAAGCCCAAGCAGCUGUUGGUCCUAGUCACAUAUCACAAACAUAUGCCUUAAAAAGUGAGCCGUGCAUUGGAAGAGUAUCAAGUGGUUUGAGCAAAACAUGUUCUCCUUUUGAUCAAAGUUUCCAAACAGAAUCAUCGGUUAAUCAACCUUCUUCACUGUCUAAAUUGAUGAAUAACCGAAAUGAUAAAAAAGAUUCAUUUUUCCUUAACAUUCAAAGCUCUGAUUCAGCAAAGACAGAAUAUACAGCCAAAGAAAUCGCAGAUUACUGCGUAAAUGAUCUUCAAAUUUUACAAACCACAACCUUUGAAGCGACCAAUAAAGAACCUACUGUAAAUGAAAGUCCGUUCAGAUUCACCGCAGGUAGUGAAUCGGGCUAUAAAAGGGACAGUCGCCCCUUAUCUAUGUCUACUAGUAAAAUGUUAAAAAAACAAGAAUCAACUUAUUUUGAACAUGUUAAGCAGGAUGUACUAUACAAAGAAAGGUACCAAAAGAAAAACCAUGCGAUUUAUUUGACUCAAGCUGACAUCACAACGCUUCCUGUAGAUGUCAUAAUAGUUUCAGCUUAUUUUAACGGAGGACGGCAAUGUACGAAAAAAGGAUUGGCCAAAAGUGUAGAUGAUGCAGCCUUGAGGUCAGGGACUGAAAAUUUAAAUCUAGAAGUAAACACACAUGGAAAGUUUCCUGUCAUUAUUGCUACAACUGUUGACCAACUGCCUUGCAAAAUGGUUAUUCAUGCUAUUGUUGAAAUGUCCGAUAAUCGUUUCAAACAAAGUUCUUUUGUGGAUGACAGAAUAAUAGAAUCGUUAAAGAAGGCAAAUCUUCACUCCUACAGAUCGGUGGCAAUCCCUGGAUUGUUUAGUGCUAUAGAAAUGAAUCUAGCAGAAUCCUCUGAGUUUUUGAUUGUGGACGCUGUAAGAAAAUAUUUUGAAAAUUCUGUCAAUUCAUCAGUAGAAGAUAUAUAUUUUUGUGAUAUGAAUGAGAAAAAGCUUGACAAAUUUCAAACAAUCAUUUCGAAGGUUUAUUCUCCCAAAAGAACUUGUCAGCCUGUAGACGAUAUUCUUGUUCUGCAGUAUGACAAAGCUGGAAAAAGAGAAGAUAUACAGUUUUGUAUUGGCGAUAUUACAAACCGAAAGGAAAUAAAACUUUUGGAACAUGGUUUAAAGUUUACCCCAACACCAAUAUCUGACAAUGUUGAUCUUAUAACAGAUACCGACGAAUUCUGCAGAAAACUCAGACUUCGUGAAUUCUUUGGAAACACUAAUUAUGAAGAUGGAUCCCUGGUACGGAACAAAAAGGGUACUAAUCCUCAACCAAAUAGGGACAAACAUUUAGAAGAAUAUAUUAAUUGUUUAAAACAAACCGCCAACACAAAUAUUGUCGAUUCACACGUAAAAUCAAAUCUGCCGAAGUCUCAACAAAAGACUAUAAAGAAACUUCAAAAUGAUGAAUCAAUUAUAAUAAAAGAGGCGGAUAAAGGCGGGGGUAUAGUGAUUAUGGACAAAGAUCACUACAAAGACAUGGUUCUUAAUCAACUUGAAGACGGGGUAUUCUACCAAAAACUAAAUGGAAAUAGAGACAAAAGCACAAUGUCGAAAAUAAGAAAACUAAUAAAGGAAUAUUCUGACAAUCUUACCGAUAAGGAAAAAGAUUAUCUUAAAAAUUUUGAGGUUAAAACUAGCAAUUUUUACGGCCUUCCGAAAAUCCACAAAUCCAAGGAAAUUCAAGACCAUGUAGAAAACUGUGAUUCUAUGUAUAUUAAAAUCAACAGGCCUACUGAUCUUAAAAUAAGACCGAUUAUUGCAGGACCUUCAUGUAGUACCCAAAGGCUAAGCAACCUCCUUGAUAUCCUACUUAAACCACUUUGUAUAAAAGUGCCGAGUUUUGUCAGAGAUGACAUGGAUUUUCUAAACUAUAUUCCAGACCGGGUACCUCUUGAUACAAUACUACUCUUCAAAACUCCCAUUCCUAGACAUCAAUAUUAUCAAGGAAGAAGAACAAAUAUAACGGACUUAUACUGUAAACCCACUGAUACCCAUCAGUAUUUGGAUUUUAGGUCAUGUCACCCGUCACAUACCAAACGAAAUAUUCCUUUUAAUUUAGCCCGACGUAUAUGCACAAUAGUAAUAAAUUUGGAGUUACGUGAUAAGAGACUACAGGAAUUGAAAAAUUAUCUAAAAAGACAAAACUACCCAGUCAGAUUAAUUGAAAAUGGAAUUAAAAAUGCAUUGAAAAUUCCAAUCGCUGAACUAAGAAAAACAGUAUCAAGGGAAGACAAAAAAGAUAAACAACAAUCAAUUCCUUUUGUUAUAACUCAUAAUCCACGUAAUCACCAGAUCUUAAAUUCUGCUAAAGGGUUUUUACCUAUUCUUCACAAAUCAGAGAAAAUGAAAGAUCUUGUCGACAAAUCACAGCUUAUUGGGAGCCGUCGACAAGCACCAAAUCUGAAGAAACUUCUCACACGAGCACAAUUCAGUACACAGAAGGUUGACAUAAUUGUUAAUGUCUUGGGCAAUGAAAUGAAUUUAAAAGAUGGAACAUUAUCAAAAUCAAUAGUCGAUAAAGCUGGUCAGGAGGUUUUAACAGAGCUAAGAAAGCAAAUAUCGGUUGACAAAAACAAAUUCAUCGUGACAGGAGGCGGAAGGUUGUUCUGUAAGAAAAUAAUUCACGGCGUAUUACGUCAUUGGAGCAAAACGACCGAAAGUAAAGAGACUUUACAGUAUUUUAUGCAGCACUGUUUGCUCUUAGCAGAAAGCAUGAACAUGCGUUCUAUAGCAUUUCCUGCUGUUGGGACAGGAUUUCAUAAGUAUCCACCGGAUAUUGUUGCCAGGGAAAUGAUCAGUCUAACAAUGGCAUUUUGUACUUCAUAUCUGACGAAAAUUGAAUUUGUUGUUUUUCAUGACAACACGGACGUUAUCAAGUCAUUCGAAGCAGAGAUGAAGAAAUACAUAAAAGAUCAAACUUAUCGUAAUAAACCAACUAUCCACUCUUCAAAAAUUACGCCUUCGUUACUACGUGAAUUUCAAUCACAUACCGAAUUUAGAGCUGAACAGGACGAAUUAUUCGAAAACAGUGUAAAACAUCACAGAGCAAAUUGGGUUGAUUCCUCUCAGCCACAAUUAAAAUAUGAAGCGUCUUCUCAGUUGAAUUAUCCUGGAAAAAGUCUGUCAGCUGCAGUUUGUAGAAAUAGAAAAGAUUGUGGAUAUUCAAAUGACGGAGGGCAUCCGCCAGAAAUAUCACAAAGAGAGCCUUCUGACAUACAAUGUGGAGAACACGUCGAAAUGGAAUCUGUAAAAUAUGGAGAAAGAGUUCGACAAGUGCAAAAUAGACAGCCAUUCGGAUCAGAAAUGAAGAAAUAUGUGAAAGAUCAAACUAUUCGAACCAAACCAUCAACAUACUCUUCAAAAAUUGAUAAUUCAUCAAAAAAUACGUCAUGGUUUGAACUACGUGAAUCCCAAUCACAUGCAAAAUCUACAGAUGAACAGAACGAAUUACUCGAAAACUUUUUACAACAUCACAGCGCUAAUAGGCCCGAAUCCUCUCAACCACAAUUGACAUAUAAAAAUGUUUUACAACAUUGCAACCCAUAUAGAAGGCCUAAUUCUGCUCUGCCACAAUCCAGAUAUGAAGCGAUUUCACCUCAUUUGUAUUAUGAUGAUGCUUACCCUGGGAAAAGUCCGUCGGCUGUUGGUAGCUAUAAAAAAGAAUGCGUGUACUCAGAUGACGGAUCGUAUUCACCAGUUCUAACACCAAAAGAGCCUACUGACAUAGAAUGUGAAGAACACGUCGAAAUAGAAAUUUUAAAAUAUGGAGACAUAGUUCGGCAAUUGAAAUAUAGUCAGAAUUUAGUGCAUUGUAAGGCUGAUAGGAGUGUUGAAAUUGAAAUAAAAAUGAAUGGAAAAAUAGUAGUUUCUGGUCCGACUAGUUGCGUUUCCAAAACUAAACGUUCUAUCAAAUCAUAUUUGAAAAGAUUAGAAAAGGCAGAAGAGGUGUCGCAGUACGUGGAAUGGGGAUAUUUGAACCACAAUGGACAGAAUGAAAUCUUUGAAAAACUUUUAAGUUACGAUUUAGAAAGCAAAUAUAAGGAAAAUAUUAAAUCAACUAAGUUUGAUCACGAUGGAGCAUUGCUGGUAGUUAGUUAUAAGUCAAUGCUGAUGUGGUAUGAAGGUGCCAAUGAAACCAAAUACAAAAUUUCUAGGUACCCCAAAGACUCAGUAUCAUCGAAUGUAUGUCUUCCAUCCACCUGGACAAAUAUGAAACCUGGUGUGCUGUGUUUCGAACAAGAAGUUGAUAGCGGAGAUGAAAUUUGUAAUUUUCUCAGGGAACAAUUUCAGCAAGCCAGAAGAAACAUCAAGAUUUUAAAGAUAUUACGAGUUCAAAAUCAACACUUGUACUCACAGUACAAAUCACGACAAGGUGCAUUACACGAAAAGAAUGGUAGAGGUUCAGAACAGUUGCUCUGGCACGGUACAUCAGAGGAUUGUGUUGAUAAAAUAAUAAACAACGGUUUUAAUAGGAGUUAUUGUGGAAGAAAUGGCACGGCUUAUGGAAAAGGUGUUUACUUUGCAGUUAAGGUAGAUUUAUCCUUGAAAUACGCACCAACACCCAGUGGAAUCGGACAUAUGUUUUUAGCUUCAGUUGCAGUCGGUGAUACAUGCAAAGGAUAUCGAGAUAUGCAGGCAUUGCCGUCUCCACCAGGAAGACCAAAGCACAUUACUUAUGAUUCAGCAUGUGAUAAUCCAUUUAACCCAACUAUGUAUGUCAUAUUUCAUGACACACAGGCAUACCCAUCGUACCAUAUUACAUUUGAGAAUCGACAUAUAUGUUAAAACAGUGGUCUUUUCAGUCAUUUUACGUAUUGUAUAUUUUUUUCAAUUGGUCUACAACUAGAACUUAAAAGAUCUACUUAUAACAGAUAGGACCAUUUUAAUUCGUAUUUCAGAAAUUUAUUUCUGUAAUCAGAUGCCUACACUAGCAAUUGAAUUGAUUGUAUUACCAGUUUGCGUAUGUAUAACCAAAUAAUGGAUUUGACCAUUUUAUAUACCAGUAAUAUGCAUAUGGGUGUAGUUGUGUCCUUAUCACAGUUAAUCAUGAUAUAUAUUUAUUAAUAAAUUUAAAAAAAAAAUACAAACUCAUUCAGUGGAACACAGAACUAUUUCAACAAUAUUAUAAUUGAAAACUUGGUUUAAGCAUUUUAGACAUUGUAUUACUAUUUGUGGUUUAAACAAACGUCAGGAAAGGUGAUGAUAUUUCUAAUGUUGUUACCAAUGGUUAACAUUUGUACAAGAAACUCUUAUUUGAAAAGGUGUUUUAAACUUCUAAAAUCUGUCAGUUAGUCGUGUCUGAAGGUAGUUCAAAAUUAUAUAAUGUGUUUAUUUUACAUUCCAUUCAUGGUAUACAUUUUGUCGCAUUUGUUAUCGGAUUCUGCUGUACAUAUACACAAACAAGGAAUCUCAUAAAUUGUUUAUAAAUAUUUUUUUGUCUAUAAUGAAUAAUAGCUUACAUAUACACAACUU